UCGGAUAUAGAGGGAGGAAGUUCAAACAAUAAUAAUCUCUGCCAUUUUUGUACUCCUAUGUCCACCACCCACUCUUAUUUCUCUCCCUGGUUUAUCGAGAUUUGCAUUUUUUUCUGGAUCCAACCUACCACUAACAGUCAAACGCUUUUCUCACUUCACUCUUCUCAAUCUUCUCUGCAUAGUGCAUUCUUCUCCUCCAAUCGACCUUCAAAUUUCUCCAGAUCCUCUGCUAAAUAACUUCUUUUUCUAAUCCACAUUCUUUUCUUCAAAUUCUCAAAUAGAUUACUGCCGUAAAUUUGAAUGGGGUAUAGAGCAGAUGACGAUUAUGAUUAUCUAUUCAAACUUGUUCUGAUUGGAGAUUCUGGGGUUGGUAAAUCUAAUCUGCUUUCGAGAUUCACUCGUAAUGAGUUUAGUCUUGAAUCUAAAUCCACCAUUGGUGUUGAGUUCGCUACUCGAAGUAUUCGUGUUGAUGAUAAAGUCGUCAAAGCUCAAAUUUGGGAUACUGCUGGCCAAGAAAGGUAUCGUGCAAUCACUAGUGCUUAUUAUCGAGGUGCUGUUGGUGCAUUACUCGUUUACGAUGUCACUCGCCAUGUUACAUUUGAGAAUGUUGAGAGAUGGUUGAAAGAGCUCCGAGACCAUACAGAUUCCAACAUUGUGAUCAUGCUUGUGGGGAACAAGGCAGAUUUACGGCAUUUGCGUGCUGUUUCCUCCGAAGAUGCACAGACAUUUGCUGAGAAAGAGAAAACAUACUUUAUGGAGACCUCUGCCCUAGAAUCAUUGAACGUUGAGGAUGCAUUUACCGAGGUGCUUACUCAAAUAUAUCGAUUUGUCAGCAAAAAGGCUCUGGAGGCCGGGGAUGACCCUGCUGCUGUGCCCAAGGGACAAACCAUCAAUGUCAAGGAUGAUGUAUCUGCAGUGAAGAAGGUUGGAUGCUGCUCAACAUAAUAACCCGAAGAGUCAUUCAAGUUAAGGGUGCUAAAGCUUCGUUUAAUAGGAUAAAGUAAGUCCAACUUGUGGUUGUGGUGGAAGCGUCGAUCACUCAAUCGAUUUAGUCUAUUUCUUGAUACAGGCUUCCCUUACACCAUGACAAGAUCUUUAUCAUAGUAAACCUGUAUCUUUAUCUUCCAUAUGUUGAUUUGAUUUAAUAUGGAAGAUCUCGACUAUUAAAUUGUUUGAGAAGGCUACUUUAAGUUUAAUGAUGUUAUUACAUGAA